AUGGCUAAUCGAACGGUAAAAGAAGCACCAACAAUCAAAGGUACUAAUCCACAAUAUCUUAUUGAAAAAAUUAUUCGAUCUCGAGUAUAUGAUUCGAGAUAUUGGAAAGAAGAUUGUUUUGCACUUACUGCUGAAUUAGUUGUUGAUAAAGCUGUUGAAUUAAAAUAUAUCGGUGGUGUUUGUGGUGGAAAUAUUCGUCCGACACCAUUUUUAUGUUUAGUUCUUAAAAUGUUACAAAUUUGUCCAGAAAAAGAUAUUAUUGUAGAAUUUAUUAAAAAUGAAGAAUUUAAAUAUGUUCGUGCACUUGGAGCAUUCUAUAUGCGAUUAGUUGGUACGUCCGUUGAAAUUUACAAAUAUCUCGAACCACUCUAUAAUGAUUAUCGAAAGAUGAAAUAUUUGAAUCACGAAGACAAAUAUGAACUUUUACAUAUGGAUGAAUUUAUUGAUUUAUUAUUACGUGAAGAACGUGUAUUAGAUGUACAAUUACCUCGUUUACAAAAACGAAAUGUAUUAGAAGAAAAUAAUCAAUUAGAACCACGUCAAUCCGUACUUGAUGAAGAUAUUGAUGAUAAUGAAACAAGUGAAGAAAGUGAUGAUGAAGAUGAAAAGAAAGCAAAAAAGAAAGAAACAAUACCAGAAAAAUCAAAGAAAAAAUGGAAAGAUUUAGAUAAACCAGAACGAUCGCCAUCACCACGUUAUGCGCGAUCAUUAUCACCGCGAGAAAAAAGUUCAAAAAAGAGACGGCGUUCAAGAAGUCGAUCAAAAUCAAAAUCACGUUCACCGGCACGUGACAGCAGAAAAAAACAUUCAAGUCGCCAUGAACAUCGUGAUAGAAAAGAUCGUGAUCGAAAUAGGGAUCGUGAACGUGAUCGUGACAAAGAAAAACGUCGUCGAGAUUAA